UGACAGCCUCUCUCUCUCUUUUCUUCUUCUCCAAAUUGUCACAAAAACCCUAAACCUCAUUUCUGAUGCCAAUCUAAUGAAUACCAACUGAAAAUCCAUCAAAAAUAGCAGCAAUGCUCAGAAGAAGAAUCUGCUCAAUCCUAUCAAGCUCAAUCUUCAACGCCAUAACACCUCGACCGCUCCCGAUCCAACAAUCCCUACGGUUCCUGCAAUGCCCUAACCCUAAUUCGAAGCUCAACAAUGGCGGAGGAGAGUUCGGGUUAUGGUUUGGAUUUGGGGGUUUUCGAGCGUACAGUCUGCUGAGCCUGAACGAUUUGAGAGGGAAUGUGCCGAGGAAGCAGAAGACGAGGAAAGGCCGUGGGAUUGGCUCCGGGAAGGGCAAGACCGCCGGGAGGGGACACAAGGGUCAGAAGGCUAGAGGCUCCGGGAAGCUAGGGUUUGAAGGUGGUCAGACACCGUUACGACGUCGUUUUCCCAAGCGAGGGUUUAAGAACCCCUUUAGCCUCACUUUUCAGCCAGUGGGGUUGGGAAAGAUUGCAAAACUCAUAAAUGAAGGCAAGAUUGAUUCUCAUGAGCUAAUUACAAUGAAAACACUCAAGGAUACAGAAGCAAUAGGAAAACAAAUUAAAGAUGGAGUAAGAUUAAUGGGACGUGGUGCUGACCAGAUCAAGUGGCCAAUUCAUCUCGAGGUAUCAAGGGUCACUGUUAGGGCAAAGGCGGCGGUGGAAGCUGCAGGUGGGUCUGUGAGAAAAGUAUAUUACAACAAGUUGGGCUUCCGGGCAUUGCUUAAACCCGAGUGGUUUGAAAAGAAAGGCAGGUUGUUGCCGAAAGCAGCUAGACCUCCUCCAAAACAAAGGGAUAAAGUUGAUAGCAUCGGCCGCCUUCCAGCCCCAACCAAGCCCAUUCCAUUUUUUAUUGAAGAAAAAGAACCAGCCUCGGGUUCAUUGACUUGAUACACUAGUCCAAAUCAGCUUGUUUCUGUUCAGAAUUUCGUAUUCAUAUGAUGCAGCUCAUUCCCAUAUGAUUUUGCGUUUGCCAAGCUUCGGAACCUGUAGUGACUUACUUUAUCAUGAGGGAAUGCUUUUUAAAGGCCCUUGUUAACGAGGAAAGCUUUUGCAAUGCUAUUGGAUCAGUCUCAUUUCUGUCAGAUUUGCAUUUCUAAUUGUUUUCUUUAUCUUCAAGAGGAUGAGGAUGGGGCUCUUUUUUUUUUUUGUUGAUCUUUCACUUUGCUAUGAGAUUGACCUCAGGUGGAGGUAAAAUAUAUUAUUUGAAUCAGUAAAUUUAAUGGUUAGUUGCACAA